AUGACGACCUCGGCCACGACCCUCCUCCCCAGGUUCCUCCUGCCGGCCCUGAGCCCCAUGUGGCGCGCGGCAGCUACUCCAACCGCCCGCCCGGCCGCUGCGGCCAUCCGGCGAACCGCCGUGUGGACGAUCCGGUACGCGUCGUCCAAGCCGACCCGCGCCGGCCAGAAGGGGCCCCUCAUCCUCGAGAAGCCCGCCAAGUUCAACCCGCCCUCACACGGCUCCCGGCUUCCUAACAAGAACGUCCCGAAACACUACGGCGGCCCCCUCAGCGGGCAAGAGGCGCGGGCGCAGCGCACGCGCGAGUACCCCGGCACCAUGGCCCCCGAGGGCACGUGGGCGCAUUGGUUCUUCAACAACCGCAAGAUUCACCUCUUCAUCUCGCUGGGAACCCUCACGACGCUGGCCAUCACGACGCUGAUCCUCAACUUCACGCAAACGUCCCCCUUCAAGCACCUCCUCCCCCCCGCCUCCGAGUUCUGGAGCAGCCCGGUCGCGUUCAUCCGCACCUGGGUCCACGUCCUGCAGCUGCACGAGCGCGACCGCAACGAGAAGGCCAUCGCCAUGCACACGCGCCACACCGACGACGUCGCCAAGCGCCAGUUGUACCGCAAGGUCCACGGCCUCGACAAGGAGAACCCCAUCGCCAACUUCCUCGGCAUGAAGGAGGAGUCGGAAGAGGAGAAGGAGGCUGCCACUGCUGCUGCCGCCAUCGAGGCGUCACCCGUGGCCGGCAGUGCCGAUGUGGUUACGGGGGCCGAGGAGAAGAAAAGGAAGUGGCUCGGCGUCUUCUGA